AUGCGGCGGGGCCGGCCCGGGGCGGGGAGCCGACACCGGAGGUGGGAACGGAGCUCGGCUACGGCCUCGGCCAUGGGCUGCCCGGUGCGCUCCGUCGCUCUCCUCGCCGCCGCCGCGUUGUUGCUGCUGCCGCCGCCCGCCCGUCCUGCCGUGCCCCGCCCGCGGGUUUCCGCCAACUUCGACUGCCGGGCCAACGCCGACAGCACGCUGACCCGGCCCCGUUGCCGCCGGGGAGACCCCACCGGGCCCCCGCUGACCCCGCCCGCCCUGGCGCUGAGCACGGCGCGGCUGUGCCAGCCCUCGCUGCCCUGCCAGCCCUGCCUGCGGGUGCGUCUGGCCGUCCCGGCCGCAGGAAUCCACGGGCUGCAGCUUGACUUCCUGGAGCUGGGCUCUAACCGGGUUGGGUGGCUGCAGGUGUGGCAGCGGCACCAGGCACCAGGCGAUGUGCCGUGGCAGGUUCAGUUCGACUGCUUCCCGGCAGAAAGUGGGCGGCGGGUCCUGGUGACCCUGCAUACCAUCCCUGACAGAGGCCUGGCCAUCAGCCGCAGCCACGUGGUUGCCAUUGAGCUGCAGGGGCCCGUCUUCACCCACACCUGGCUCCCUGAAGUGCGGGCCAUUGAGGUGGCUGUGCCCGAGGGCCCUGCACUGGUGGUGCGGCUGUGCCAUCAGCUGGCCUUGGAGUGUGAGGAACUGCCACAGCCCUUCCACCGCCAGCUCCUGGUGCCAGGCGGCCACCACGUCUCACUGCCGUAUGAAUUCCUGGUGCCCUGCCUUUGUGUUGAGGCCUCCUAUCCACACCGUGACAGCCUGCGCAGCAAGCGCUGCCCCUUCCGUGAGCGGCCGGAUGCCUAUGGCCCUGACCUAUGGUCCUCAGUGCACUUCCAUGACUACAGCAGCAAGGACCAGAUGGCCAUGGUGCUGAGUGCCAGCUGUCCCCUGCAUCCCCGGGCCACCCUGUGCUGGAGGGAGGCGGCAGCUGAAGCUGCACCGUGCCACAGUGUCCCCAACUCCACGGCAAGUGAGGAGGAUCAGGCGUACACACUGGACAGUGUGGAUGUGCACCCCCUGCUCUGCUUCAGGUUCUCCUAUGGGAACAGCAGCCACGUGGAGUGCCCCCACCGCACAGACACUGCUUGGAACGUGUCCCUGAGUGCCAGGGGACUGCAGCUCCGCCUGUGCCUCACCUCCCGUGUCCCCGCGUCCUUCAGUGCAGCGCUGUGCCAGCGCCGGGGCGGGCGCUGUGAGCCUGAGGCUCCCGUCUACACCGUCACGCGGCCAGAGAGCUCUGCUCCAGGGGAGCUGGCGCUGCUGCUGCCGGUGCAGAUCCUGGGCAGCUGCGUGUUGGUCUGGCGCUCAGAUGUGCGCUUCGCCCGCAAGCAGCUGCUCUGUCCUGAUGUCUCACACAGGCACUUCGGGCUGCUAGGGCUGGCGCUGGCCCUGGGGCUGGUGGUGACCGUGCUGCUCCUGAACUGCUGCAGCACCUGGAGGAUGCCUAACGGUGAGGCAGCACGUGGCCGCCCGGUGCUGCUGCUGUACUCUCCUGAUUCGGAGGAGCACCUGGCACUGGUGUGCGCCCUGGCCGAGCUGCUGCGCGUGGGGCUGGGCUGCGAGGUGCGCCUGGACCUGUGGGAAGCGGGCGGUGUGGGGCAGGCGGGGGCCCUGCCCUGGCUCUAUGCUCAGCGCAGCCACGUGGGCCGCGAGCGGGGCACCGUCCUGCUGCUCUGGAGCCGGGGCAGCUCUCGGCUCUUCCGUUUAUGGCGAGGGGGUGAAGGCGGUGGGGAGCCCCGCGACGCACACGAUGUCUUCGGGGCAGCCAUGGCGUGCUUGCAGGGCGAGCUGGGGGCAGCGGGGCGAGGCCGGGGCUGGGUGCUGGUGUACUUCAGCCGGCUCUGCAGCCCCCGCGACGUGCCGCGGCCCCUGCGGCCCCUGCCCACCUACCGCCUGCCCCAGGAGCUGCCCGGCCUGCUGGGCGCGCUGCGGGGCGGCUCCCCGCCCUCCUGCCGGCACCUCCGCGGCCGGGCCGAGGGGCUGCUGCUCCGGCUGCUGGAGGCUGAGGCCGGCAAGGGGGCGGCGGGAGGCGGCUCCGGGGGGGUGGCGGGCUCCCCGCUUCAGCCUGCCGGUACCUGAGCGUCUGCAGCGGGGCUGAGCUCGGGCAGAGCGUGGGCCGGGGGCCACACGAAGGACGGAGGCACUCGAUGCAGCCGGGCUGAACGAGCGGCUGCAGGAGAGCGGCCCGGACCGGAACGGAGCGGGGCUGGAGUACGGGCACAGCCCUGGGGCUGGCAGGGCCUGCUACGGAGGAGAGAGCGGGCCUCGCACGGGACGGCCACGGCUGGGAGAGGCGGCUGGGCAGCUCCUGUCACGGCGGGGUGCCCGGCACGGCCCAGACGGGCUCCUCGUGGCUGCGUCGAAUGGAAUAAAAGCGCUGUUUACGUU